AUGGACAAUCCAAAAGAGCUAGACACUGAACGUAUCGAGAAAGCAAUUGGGCUUGACAAAACGAUCGAUCUCGCCCUAGACAAGCGUCUCAAUCGUAAAUUCGACACCCACAUCUUGCCCUGGUUGUUCGGAAUAUGGCUCUUCUCAUUCAUAGACCGCAGCAACAUAGGCAAUGCUCGUAUAGCAGGCUUGUCAGAUGAGUUAACGAUCACAACUGGCACGCGGUUCAACGUUGCGCUCCUAGUCUUCUACAUCCCGUACAUCAUCGUUGACGUACCUUCGAACCUGCUCGUCAAGCGUCUGCGCGCCGGCAUCUACUUACCCGCUCUUAUAACUUCAUGGGGUCUGGUGUGUACAUUUAUGGGUUUCGUCCAGUCAUUUGCUGGACUGGUUGUAUGCAGGUUGUUGCUAGGACUAUGCGAAGGUGGCAUCCUCGGUGGUGUGAUAAUUUACCUUGCCAUGUUCUACAGGAGAGGCGAGAUGCUAUUGAGGAGCGGUUUAUUCUACUGCGCCGCGCCGUUAUCCGGGGCUUUUGGCGGACUUUUAGCUUCAGGUUUGGCAACCAUCGAGGUUGGGGAGUAUCGGAGAUGGCCUUGGAUCUUCUUUGUCGAGGGUGCGAUCACAGUCGUCUUCGGCAUCAUCUGCUUCUUCUUCAUGCCCGAUACCCCUGCCGCAGCAGGCUUCUUAAGCGAUGAAGAGAAGGAAUGGGCAUUGCGACGUAUGAGGCUUGACGCGGGAGGAUCGACCGAAGUCGAUGUCGAUGAUGAAAGGUCUAGCUGGCAUUGGGUCAAGAUGGCAUUGGUAGCCCCACAGACCUAUCUAUCGGCCUUCAUCUGGUUCUUCCUAUUGGUGCCACUAUAUAGCUUCUCACUGUUUCUACCUAGUAUCAUCGCAGGCAUGGGGUACCGAAGCACCACCGCGCAGCUCUUCACAGUGCCUCCCAACAUGGCUGCUUUUAUCACCGUUGUUGGUACGGCGUAUGCCUCGGACAAGCUAAAAAACAGGGGUUACUUUAUCAUUGGAGGAUGCUUGGUGGGAAUAUGUGGUUACGUGAUGUUGAUAGUGGCAACGACGAAUGCCGUACGAUAUGCCGGCACGUUCCUAGUUGCCAUUGGUGUCUUCCAAGGCUCCCCCAUGCUCAUGGGAUGGGCGUCCAAUAAUCUUGCGCCUCACUAUGUCCGAGCAGUCGGAAUCGGUAUGGUGAUCUCCAUCGCUAACUGCUCGGCCUUUAUCGGUACAUUUAUCUACCUUCAACGUGAUGCACCGAAGUACGUUCUAGGCCAUUCGGUCAGCCUUGGUGCAUUGGUGAUAACGAUCGUACUUGCUGCUGCUCAGUGUGUGUACUUGGGUUGGGAAAAUAAGAAGCGAGACAGGGGUGAACGAGACGACAGACUACUGCAAGCGGAUGCGGGCAGACUUGGUCAUCAGCAUCCUAAUUUCAGAUUCACAUUGUAG